AUGGCCGGCAAAACAGUCAUAGGCGGCAAAGGCAUCAAAACAAAAGCACCGCGCCGCUCCUCCACUGGCGCAGUAAAACAAUCCCGUCGCUACAAACCCGGCACCGUCGCUCUGAGGGAGAUCAGGAAAUAUCAACGCAGUACCGAUUUGUUGAUUUUGAAAUUGCCUUUUGCUAGAUUGGUCAGAGAAGUCUGCAUCUCCAUGGCACCAGCUGGCUCGGGCAUCUACCGUUGGCAAUCACAAGCAAUCAUGGCGUUACAAGAAGCUGCUGAAGCCUUUUUGGUGCAUUUGUUUGAGGAUACGAAUUUGUGUGCUAUUCACGCCAAAAGAGUCACGAUUAUGCAAAAGGAUAUUCAGUUGGCGAGGCGGAUUCGAGGGGCUUGGGGUGGUCUUGGUUGA